AUGAUUAGAAAGAGUAGACAGGUGAGGUUCCUGUGGGACCCUCAGGUCAUUUCCACAACCAAAGAGCUACGUGGGGCUCAUUAUGAGGUGCUGAGAACCAUCGCUCGGGGGGCCUUUGCCCCCAUCAAGUUGGCCAGGCACCUGCUCACAGACUCCCUGGUGGCCGUGAAAAUCCUGAACAAGAUUGACAGUGAGUUCUUUAUGACAGAAGUGGACAUCCUAAAGUCUGUGGAGCACCAGAACAUCGUCAAGCUAUUCGAGGUGGUAGAGACAGAGGAGCGGAUGUAUUUAGUUAUGGAGUACCUAGAUGGAGACCUAGCGGACUAUGUGCAAAUGGUGGGCAGGAUGGAGGAGGAGCUGGCCAGACCAAUAUUUUGGCAGAUCUUGGGAGGGGUCAAAUAUUGCCAUGACCAUUGCAUUGCUCACAGGGACCUCAAGGCAGAAAAUGUCCUGCUGAACAGCAGAGGCAUAGCCAAGAUAUCUGACUUUGGAUUGAGUACACGGUUCCUGCCCCGGCAAGAGCUACAGAGAGUGUGCGGGACAAUGACCUACUGGCCGCCUGAGAUUUUCAAGCAUCAGAAAUACCAGGGCCCCAAGAUGGACGUCUGGAGCCUGGGUGUGCUACUCUACUAUAUUGUGAUGGGAGAACUGCCCUUUAAAGGCAGGUCGUGGGUAGUGCUGAAAGAGCAAGUGCCAGCCGGAAUAUUUAAAAUUCGAAAAGGUCUCUCCCCUGAGUUCCUAGGGGUUUUGUCAUACAUGAUGACGGCCAACCCUAAGUUAAGACCAUCUGUCUGGCAAGUAAUGUCCCACUCCUGGUUUGGAGAAAUUGAGGAAGAACCACCAAGUCUCAUUGAGACCGUUGAGAAGCAGCCAGACCCCACCAUUUUGCAGCUAAUGAACUCCUACUUAGGGAUUCCCCCAGAGGAGGUGCAGGCAGCCCUCUCUGGCAGGAUUUUCAAUGCUGCCAGCGCCACUUUCAAGAUUCUGCAAGACCAACAAGAGCAGGGCCAAGAAUUGACCUGUCUAGUGCGGCACCCCCUUCCUGGGCCUCCACCUUGUCCCUCCCCUGUGGACUCAUCCUGCCGAAACCUGCCCUUCAAGCGAGCCAGUGCUCCUGUGCGCCACCCUGCUGCUGGCCUGCCUGAUGAGCAGCAGGAGGAGGAGGGUGGCAGGAAGGGCACCAGGUCUGUCUGCCUCCCCUAUAUCCUCUGGAGCCCUAGCACAUCUGUAACAGAUGGGAAGACUGAGGGCAGCCAGUCUACCCCUGCUCCAGCAGCAGCAGCAAAGUCCAUCCCCACAGGCCAACCCAGGGAACUGACCUGCCCAGCCCCUGAGAAGCAGCAGCAGAUGGGCAAAAGGGCUGGUUCUCUCCCCAACAUCUUAUACAAUUUGUGGACAUGGAACACAGAGGGGGAGAGGGAUAUCAGCUCGGCUGCCCCACAUCUGGAACCUUCUGUUCAAGAGUGCAAGGACCCAGGGGAGACAGAAGAAAGAAGUGAGAUAGCCUCAGAAACAACUGUAGCAGAAACACCCAGCAGGGGCACAGAGGCAGUGAUGGGGCUCAGAGGCAGGCUUUGGAAAAGGCUGAAGAAGGUUGCCAAACGUUGCAGAAAAAUGUGCUGCUGCUGUCUUCCUGGUCGAGAACUCUAA